UUUCAGACCCAGAGCUUACGUCUCUCCGAUCUGCACAGAAAAUCUCAGCUAUGGAGAGGGAUAGUUAGCAUUACCUUGAUAGAAGGUCGUGAACUUAAGGCAAUGGAUGCAAAUGGGCUCAGCGAUCCUUACGUGAAGUUCCGCUUGGGGCAUCAGAAGUACAAGAGCAAGAUUGUGCCAAAAACUUUGAAUCCUCAAUGGAGAGAGCAGUUUGACUUUCAUCUCUAUGAAGAACGAGGAGGAAUUAUUGAUAUUACCGUGUGGGACAAAGAUGCUGGCAAAAAGGAUGAUUUUAUUGGCAGGUGCCAGGUUGACCUGUCGACCCUGAGUAAAGAACAAACCCACAAGUUGGAGAUGCCGCUGGAGGAGGGAGAGGGAUGCCUGGUGUUGCUGGUCACUCUCACAGCCUCUGCUGCGGUCACCGUCUCUGACCUCUCCGUAAACUCCCUGGAGGACCAGAAGGAGCGAGCAGAGAUACUCAAGAGAUAUAGUCCAAUGGCAAUGUUCCAUAACAUGAAGGAUGUGGGAUUUCUUCAGGUGAAGGUCAUCAGGGCAGAAGCGUUGAUGGCAGCUGAUGUCACAGGUAAAAGUGACCCAUUUUGUGUAGUUGAGUUGAACAAUGACAGACUGCUGACACAUACCAUCUACAAGAACCUCAAUCCAGAAUGGAACAAAAUCUUCACAUUCAAUAUUAAAGACAUCCACUCGGUGCUUGAAGUGACAGUUUAUGACGAGGACCGUGAUCGUAGCGCUGACUUUCUAGGCAAAGUCGCUAUACCAUUGCUGUCUAUUCAAAAUGGUGAACAGAAAGCCUACGUCUUGAAAAACAAGCAGCUGACAGGGCCAACAAAGGGGGUCAUCUAUCUUGAAAUAGAUGUGAUUUUUAAUGCCGUGAAAGCCAGCAUACGAACCUUAAUGCCCAAAGAAGAGAAGUACAUAGAAGAGGAAAACAGACUGUCUAAGCAGCUACUGUUAAGAAACUUCAUCCGGAUGAAGCGUUGUGUCAUGGUGCUCAUAAAUGCCGCCUGCUACAUUAGCAGUUGCUUUGAAUGGGAUUCUCCCCCAAGAAGUCUCGCUGCUUUUUUGGUAUGA